CAGCGUAUUAGUGAACGCAAUAUAAACGACAUUACAGUAAACGCUAUCACAAAUCCAAUUGAAGCAUAAAAUUCAUUAAUUGUUUGCGAAAUAAGUAUUGAUAACAAAGCUGUGGAUCAGUUGUGGUGACAAUGGAGAUGACCACUAAGAUAGACAAUUGGGACGAGAGUCUGGGCAUCACUCCGACCGCCGAUGACAACAACAAAGAGGAGAAACACUUGACCGCAAAGAUUGAAAACAUUACACUCGCGGCCGAGCCGUCGGCCCCACCGACAGAAACCAAUGGCGCCUCGAGUCAGCCCACGGAUGAAAAUGUGUCUUCGGCCGACUUGUCUUAUAUGCGGAAAGUGUUGCGAAACAAAUUACUCCACACGAAGAACAACGUGGAAGUGACCAGAAGUCUGCCAAACAAUCCCUUAUAUUCGGUCAAAACCUUUGAAGAGCUGAGACUACCCGAAGAGCUAUUGAAAGGUCUCUACGAAAUGGGUUUCUCCGCGCCGUCCAAAAUCCAAGAGACGGCUCUUCCACUACUAUUAGCCACACCACCAAUCAAUCUGAUAGCACAGUCCCAGUCGGGCACCGGUAAGACUGCGGCCUUCGUAUUGGCCAGUCUUUGUAGGGUUGAGAUCAACGAUUUCACGCCUCAAGUGAUCAUUUUGUCGCCAACUUAUGAACUGGCGAUUCAAACGGGAGAAGUGGCCAAACAGAUGGCGAAACACAUCCCACGGAUUAGCUUUAGAUUUGCCGUCAGAGGAGAGAACAUACAGAGAGGCGAACAAAUAGCAGAACACGUUAUAAUCGGAACGCCGGGAAAACUGAUGGAUUGGAUCCACAAAUUUCGCGCGUUUGACGUGAAGAAGAUCAAAGUGUUUGUCUUGGAUGAGGCGGAUGUGAUGAUCGACACACAGGGACACAGACAACAGUCGAUUCGCAUCCAAAAGGCUUUGCCCACUGAUUGCCAAAUGAUGUUAUUUUCGGCCACUUAUGACAGAAGUGUUAUGGAAUUCGCGGAAAUGAUUAUAAGAGAUCCGGUCAUCAUUCGGCUCAAGCGGGAAGAGGAGAGCUUAGAGAACAUCAACCAAUUCUACGUCUACUGUCACGAUGAGGGCGAAAAGUAUAACGCGUUGGCAAAUAUUUUUGGCACCAUUUCUAUGGGUCAGGCGUUUAUAUUUUGUCGAACGAAGAAAUCGGCCGCCGAUUUGGCCCAAAAGCUCAGAAAAGACGGCCAUUCCGUGGGUUUAAUAUCCGGUGAUUUGUCAGUAGAAGAGCGGACAAUGGCUCUGCAGCGGUUCCGUGAGGGACAAGAAAGAGUGUUAAUCGCCACUAACGUAAUGGCCAGAGGUAUAGACGUGGAACAGGUGACAGUUGUGGUCAACUAUGAUCUGCCAAUGAGUGUGGAGACCAAUGAAGUGGACAAAGAGACGUAUUUGCAUCGAAUCGGUCGCACCGGGCGUUUCGGCAAAGAGGGUCUGGCCAUCAAUUUUGCCACAGAUGUGCCCCAAAAGGACUCACUCGACGUCUUCAUUGAGCACCGAUUGCUGGCCGAACAGCGCAGCCGAUCCGCCACUGCCGGCACCGCCGAUGAGUUGUCCGCCGAACAGAUUGUGUCCAAAUAUCCGGCGGAUCUGAUGCGAAGAUUUGAGCUCUAUUUCAAACCCGAGUUUAACCAAAAGUCGAUUCCCGUGCGGGAAGUGUUGGCCAAAGACAUCGGCAAACUGGUGACCAUAUCAGGAGUGGUGACCCGAACCACGGAAGUGAAGCCAAUGCUAGUGGUGGCCACCUAUACGUGCGACACGUGCGCCGCCGAGACCUACCAACCGAUCGGCAAUCAGACAUUCAUGCCGUUAGAGCGCUGUCAGAGCGAUGAGUGCACCGCCACGCGAGCCAACGGACGCCUCCAUCUGCAGACCCGCGGCUCUAAGUUUAUAAAGUACGAGGAGUUGCGCAUUCAGGAGCACAGCCAUCACGUGCCNAACCGAUCGGCAAUCAGACAUUCAUGCCCCAACGGACGCCUCCAUCUGCAGACCCGCGGCUCUAAGUUUAUAAAGUACGAGGAGUUGCGCAUUCAGGAGCACAGCCAUCACGUGCCCGUCGGCAAUCUGCCCCGAAGUAUCAACAUUAUUGCCAGAGGCGAACAGACCCGUCAGGCUCUGCCCGGCGAUCACGUGAUAGUAACGGGUGUUUUCCUGCCGAUCGCCAGAACGGGUUUCAAACAGAUAAUGGCCGGACUGUUGGCCGACACUUACAUCGAAGCGCACCAAAUAGUGGUGUCCAACAAAUCCGAGAACGAAGAGGAGGACAAUAUGACUGACCAAGAGUUUAUGGAUUUUAUUGAAAACGAGAGGAUUACGAUCGACCGGUUGGCCACAAGUAUAGCGCCCGAGAUCUACGGCCACAUGGAUCUGAAGAAAGCUCUGCUUCUGCUAUUAGUCGAGCGCUGUCAGAGCGAUGAGUGCACCGCCACGCGAGCCAACGGACGCCUCCAUCUGCAGACCCGCGGCUCUAAGUUUAUAAAGUACGAGGAGUUGCGCAUUCAGGAGCACAGCCAUCACGUGCCGGUCGGGAAUUUGCCCCGAAGUAUCAACAUUAUUGCCAGAGGCGAACAGACCCGUCAGGCUCUGCCCGGCGAUCACGUGAUAGUAACGGGUGUUUUCCUGCCGAUCGCCAGAACGGGUUUCAAGCAGAUAAUGGCCGGACUGUUGGCCGACACUUACAUCGAAGCGCACCAAAUAGUGGUGUCCAACAAAUCCGAGAACGAAGAGGAGGACAAUAUGACUGACCAGGAGUUUAUGGAUUUCAUUGAAAACGAGAGGAUUACGAUCGACCGGUUGGCCACGAGUAUAGCGCCCGAGAUCUACGGCCACAUGGAUCUGAAGAAAGCUCUGCUUCUGCUAUUAGUCGGUGGCGUCGAUCAGAACACAUACGGAAUGAAAAUCCGCGGAUCCAUUAAUAUCUGUCUUAUGGGAGAUCCGGGAGUCGCCAAAAGUCAGUUAUUGGGUUUCAUCGACCGAAUCGCACCCAGAAGUCAGUACACCACUGGUCGCGGUUCGUCGGGCGUCGGACUGACGGCAGCGGUGAUGAAGGACACGAUCACUGGCGAAAUGGUGUUAGAGGGCGGCGCUCUCGUGUUGGCCGAUCGCGGCAUCUGUUGUAUCGAUGAGUUCGACAAAAUGCUUGAGGGAGACCGCACUGCCAUCCAUGAGGUGAUGGAACAGCAGACCAUUUCCAUCGCGAAGGCCGGUAUUAUGACUACACUGAACGCCAGGGCCUCAAUCCUGGCCGCCGCUAAUCCCGUCUACGGGCGCUAUAAUCCCAAGAAGUCUAUCGAACACAAUAUCCAACUCCCGGCCGCACUUCUGUCCCGAUUCGACCUCUUAUGGCUGAUCACAGACAAACCCGAUCGCGACAAUGACAUGAGACUCGCACAGCAUAUCGCUUACGUCCAUCAGAAUAGUCACGAACCGCCGCUCGAUAUCAUUCCGCUCGACAUUAAAGUGAUUCGCCGUUAUAUAGCGCUCGCAAAGAACUGUAACCCUAUUGUUCCCGAGUUCUUGACCGACGACAUUGUGGCCGCUUAUAUCGAUAUGAGACACGACGCGCGCAACAACAAAGACAACACUUAUACCAGCGCUCGAACACUGCUCGCGAUCCUACGUCUGGCCACUGCUCUCGCUCGUCUCCGUCUGGCGGAUGUGGUCGAGAGGGCGGACAUCACUGAAGCGAUGCGUUUGAUUGAGGCGUCGAAGUCGAGUAUAGAUCACGACAUGGAUCCGAGUCAAAGAGCUCAGACCAGAGCCGACAAAGUU